GCAGCGCUGUCCCUGCUGCCUGUGCGUCCCCUCAGGCUGCAGCUGACGGCCCCAGUCUCCCUCACUGCUCUGAGGUGCAGACUGUUAAAGAGGUACCCAUAAUAGGUGCAGUAGGGAAAGAUCUCACCAUGGCACCAUCAGGAAGAAAGCAUGGAGGAAAAGCUGGUAAACCAGCACAGGAAGAUCAGACCAUACCUUCUUUUGACUUUGAGGAGGAAAGAAAAGAACUGAGUGGAUCAGAGGAAGAUAUUAGAGAAGGUGACAUACCAGUAAUGGACAAGCAUGGAAAGAAAAGACCUCUGGUGAAUACUCAUGUGGUUCCAGAUGAUGUGGGGGGUGAAGUACAGAAUAUGUUGGAGAGAUUUGGAGCUGACAUUAACAAGGCUCUCUUAGCUAAGAGGAAACGAUUAGAAAUGUACACAAAAGCCUCACUCAAAACCAGUAACCAGAAGAUUGAACACGUUUGGAAAACGCAGCAGGAGCAAAGGCAGAAGCUCAAUCAUGAGUUCUCCCAGCAGUUCCUGACUCUGUUUCAGCAGUGGGAUGUAGAUGUGCAAAAGGCAGAGGAGCAGGAAGAGAAACUAGCGAAUAUGCUUCGUCAGCAACAAAAGGUUUUUCAACAGGCAAGAAUAGUUCAAAGUCAGAGACUGAAGACCAUUAAGCAACUCUAUGAGCAGUUCUUAAAGAGCAUGGAAGAGCUGGAGAAGAGCAAUGAAAAUCUUCUGGCCGGUGCCCAAAAUGAACUUCGCAAGGAAAUGGCGAUGUUGCAGAAGAAGAUUAUGAUGGACACGCAACAGCAGGAGAUGGCAACUGUUCGCAAGUCUCUUCAGUCCAUGUUAUUCUGAUGGCUCAGUGGAGGAGCAACUUGUACCUAAGUAACACGAUACAAGUACAGGCAUUAGAAGGAUGUUGAGAUUUAAAUGUUUCAAGGUUCCUAUUAAACUCUUUCCUGGAUUGUUCUAAUCUUGUCUGUUCAGGUUGUAAGAACAUAUCUUAGUAAACUUCUGUUACUGGGGGGCAGUAUGGACCCCAAACCGUUCACUGUCUGUUCAGUUGAUUUUUAAAAAUUUCAUAUCCACUUCCACUAGCACUGGACUUUAAAUAGUUUCACUUUUUUUUACCAAAUUGUAACAAGGGGAAAAAUUAAUGGAACAUGCAUUUCCCAGAUUUUACAUAAUAACUUGAGGCCUUUAGGUACAUUGUGCAAAUAGAAGCAUUUCUAACAAGCUGCAGAUUGUCACAGUUUCAAUUAGCCUGCUGAUAUAUUAGCUGUUAUAAAAAUUCACAGAGUAUGGCGUAGCUCAGACAAAAUUGUUUAAUGAUGUGCAUUAUGGUAAAUUAAAGUAAAUUUUGUUAACUCUUUUGCUAGUCUAGACAUUGCACUAUCUCUGUAUUAGUAUGAGAUUUAUAAACUGCUGUAAUUUGUCCAGAAAAUGUGGGUUUUUUUGAGUUAAAUUAUGAGCUUAAUAUAUCCACUCAAGUAACAAUAAUUAAACAUUAUGCAUUUUGGGGUCUGCUUUCUGUAGAACCACUGCUAGAAGAAAUUUACCUCAUCUAUUUAGCACAGUCUAUUACAACCCUUUGAGAUGGAAUAUUAUUUUUUGCAAUUCCAAAUGACUAGCAAAUUAGGGAGACCUGAGUUUUAAGAGUAAAGCAUUUAUCUUUCAUGUAUCUCAUUACAGUCAAUAAGUAUAAACUAAACAAUUGGCUUAGUGCACAUGCAGUUUGUUUUUACAGAAAACCAUUACACCUGAAUAUCUACUUUUAAGAAUUAGAUAGUUGCCAAUAUAUUUAAUGCUUUGAUUCAAUACAACAGUAGAUAAAAAAAACAUCCACACACCCACACACACCAAAUGUGAUGUUGUCACAAUAAUGUGUUUCAAAACCAUACUUUUCUUCUCAGCCUACGAGCAUUUUGAGUCAAGUCAUUUGAUGGUGGUUCUCCAGGUCUGGAAGCCAGAUUGGUGAUGGCUAACUUGCAUUAGCUUCAGCUGUUUGGUUAUAAUGAAUAUAGAACUCCUUGUUCUGCCCCUGCCAGAAUUCAGGACAGGAGCAAACAUGGGAGUUACACUGCUACACUGAUGCAUGGGGGAUAUGGGCCUCUCAUGGUAACCAGUAACAAUGCUGCUUUGUCAUUACUGAGUCUCAGCCCUCUUAAGGCCAGUGACAGGAGGCUAUGAAACAGGUCACAGGUUCUGCUUUAGAUCUUCAACAGGAGCUUAUUUGUUAGCAUUACCUCCUGCUUCUGGUUUUAUUUGUUAGUAUUGAGUCAUGGUUCUGGUUUUCUGAGUGAUUUCUGCAUUAGUCUCCUAUUGUCCACAUACCUCAAUCAUGUCCUCAAAACUACUUAUACCUGCUGUGCCAUUACACAGUUUUGACCACUGUGGAGAACUCACUCAUUUCACUCCUAAGAUAUUGCCUGUGUCUUUUCAUCAGGAGGUAAAUUUGCUUAUGUAUUCAGCCAAAGUAAAAUGGUCAUUAUCAUCUUCUUUCCUAUUUGACCAUGGCCUGGGUUCAGGCUAAAUUCAUGUGCAGAUGCUGUGUCAUUUCCAGCCUCAAGUAGGAUUCAUUCUGAAUUUAUA